AUGGCUUCAUCAUCCCACCAAAACAACCCUCCUCAUGACAACAACGACAAAAACAAUAACAAUGACGAAGAUUACAAUAACAACCCUUACGAAAACUAUCCUCCCGAAAAUUCCAAGCGCAAGAAGGGAAAAGGUCGGAAGAAGGUGGCCUUAGCUCGCAUCGAAAACGAUACGAGCCGUCAGGUUACCUUCUCGAAGAGGCGUAACGGCCUCUUCAAGAAGGCGAGCGAGCUCAGCACUCUCUGUGGGGCUGAAGCUGCCGUCAUCGUCUUUUCCCCUGCUGGAAAGGCCCACUCCUUCGGCAGCCCUUCUGUCGACGCCAUCACUAACCGUUUUCUCGACCAAAUGAACUUUUACCCAGAAAACGCGCCCCUUCCGCCUCUACCCCCACCACCACCACAGAACCCUGUCAUGCUCCACCAAAACCGUGAGCUCAACGAGCUCGAGGAGCAGUUGAACGCCCAAAAAAAGUCACUUAACCAAGAUGAGGGCAACGAGACGAUGAACAUCGACAAGCUCGACUACAAAGGUCUCGACAAGCUCAAGAACUCUAUACAAGGUAUGAAGAAAGUCUUGAAUGUGAUCAAGUCGAAAAAUAGGGGGAAUCUCUCUGCAAACUCUCACCAAGUUGACCCGCAUCCCGCAGAAGGGGAUGGAGGGGUCUUCCCACAAGUGAUGGCCCCCGGAGGUGGGCCGGGAUUGGGUUUUCCAAUGAUGGACCCCAAUAUCCAAAUACCAAACUAUGGUGGCCCACCUCCUCUGGGUGGGUCCUCGGGCUACGUGAGCAACCCUGGCAUGUCAUUCUUUCCAUACAUGUUCGACCCUUACCCUAAUCCUAACCUUAACCCUAACCCUAAUCUUGGGUUUGUGGACCCAUUUAAUCCUGUUCUGGGUCAGGGUUUUGGGGUCCCCUUCCAAUUUCCUCUAUUGGAGGGCAGCUCAAACAUUGUCAUCGGGCAACAGCCUCACCCUGGCCAGGAUAUGGUGCACCUGAGGGAACAAGGAGAGGGAUCCAGCAGGGGAAGACAGAACAAUAGUGAGGAGAAGUCGAAGGAAUUUGGUAGGGAUAAUCGUGGUCGUGGUCGUGGUCGUGGUCCAGGACAAUAA